AUGCAGCAAAGUUCGUACACUCGCGUACAAUACGCAGGUCCCUCGUUGAUCGUAAAUCAGAUAUUCGGUCCAUACGUAUCUUCCAUACACGCAGUUGAUGUAUCUCCUGCCAUGAUUGAGAAGUACAUCAACAACAUAGACACAUUCGGCCUUACACGCGAAAAGAUUGCGGGCACGGUCGGCAACUUGCUGUCAGACCCGAUCGAGCCUUCUUCGCUCGACAGCGAAGAGUAUAGAGAUUUCGACCUCAUCACAGUCGGCGCAGCUUUGCACCAUUUCCCCUCUGCAAAGGACGCUCUCCGGCUCUUAGGGCAGAGGCUGAAGCCUGGAGGCGUCCUUCUCAUUCAGGAUCUGUACAGCUACGUUGUAAGCGAAGCUGUGCAAGAGACAGGCAAAGCGAAACAUACGCAACAGAAGGAAAGUGACAUGGCAUCGAUGAUGCGGGAGGCUGGGUUGGUCGGUUUCCGCUUUGAGGUGCUGCAGGGAAACUUCGAGAUUGAGCUACCAAGCGAGGAGGUGGGCCAGAUUCAGUGCUUCAUGGCGAGGGCUGCGAGGCCGCUGAGCUAG